CAACUCAACAACUACAACGAAUCCGCUCUUCCAAUCCAUUCCAUCAACCAUACUCCAAAACGCCAAUAUGCAGUUCACAACUCUGUCCAUCUUCACGACCCUCACGGCCCUCGCCGCCGCCCGUGACUCCUUCUGGCACGUCACCGACAUGCAGGCCAACUGCCGCGACGAGGCCACCUCCCAGGAGUGCUUUUACCUCUUCAACAUCCACGGCGCCAAGGACGGCAAACUCCCCGGCUUCGAAGCUCAAUGCCGGACGCAGUCCCUCCCGGGCGACAGGAACAAGCGCACGUGCUACAUCCAGCCCGGGCACGCCGACCAGGUCGUGCAGGAGGUGUCUGCUUACCUCAAGUUCGACCCGCGCCACGACAACACGGAGGACAAUGAGUUGUAUGUGGAGCUGAAGUUCACGUCUGGGGACAGCAACGAGGUUCAGACUUGGCAGGCCAACAGGAUCACGACCUACGACAACUUCGUCACCACGAAGGACUUCGAUCUCAUCCCCACGUACCACUACGGUACCAAGAAGUAGAGAGAGUGGAAAGAUUGGCGGGACGUGCAAGGGGGAUGACUGGGCGGUGGCACGAGACGUGGUUUUUUUUUGUGUCGCGGAGGCAAUGUGUCCGUUCUGUUAAAAGGCGUCACAUCG